UCGCCGUUGGUGCACAUCAACAUACUGUACUGUACAUGUACGUGCGUGCUAUUUGGAAGGCUCAUUACGCAGAAUUUAGGCUAAAUCAAGCGUGUUGAAUGAAAAGACCGUUGAAAAUGUUGGCAACCCCUUCUGCUCCCCCACUGUCUCCCGUUGGUUCCGCCAGAGACCCUUUAUCAGGACGCUUGCAACAGUUGGGAGAGGAGCUCCAGUGCCCGCUGUGCCUUGAGUAUUACGAGGACCCUGUGGCUUUGCCAUGCCUUCACAACUUCUGCCGGAAGUGUAUCGGGGGAGCUGUGAAACCCUCGGGCGCGAACAAACAGGAGGUGCAGUGCCCGCUGUGCCGCAAAAAAGCCUACCACGACGGAUCCGCCAAUUCCUGUGUGGCGAAUCUCCCCCGUAAUUUCCAAAUUGCUGGGAUUGUUGAGAAAUUCCGAGCUGCGGAGAAGGAGAAGCAACGAGCCGAGGAGGAACAGUUUCAGCCGCAAGUGCUCGAGCAAAUUGAAGAGAUUCGAGAGCAGCAAGAACACUGUUCACUGCAGGAGCAGCAGCAGCAUAGGCAAAAGCAGCAACAGGGGCAACAGCAACUGCAGGAAGAUCAGCAAGCUCCAAGCUGUACCUCCAGCAUAGACCUGUAUUCUCCAAGCAACUCAGUUGAAACAACAUCUGCAAAUGAACGUGUUGCUCCUAGUUCUACCCACCCACCAAAAAUACCGCAAUGCAAGCUUUGUUCGUACUCAAGCGCUUUCCAGUGCACUGAGUGUGGUGAAGACUUCUGCUUGCAUUGCCAGCAAAUCCACCACCAUGAAGGAUCCAUCGCUUUCCAAGAAGAAUUUAACUCUGAUGAGUUGGAAAAGACUGCAUCUGGUCCGACGUCGACGCCAUGUGAUGAGGGAGAUGGCGAAGAACAACAGCAACAUUUACAGCAGUUGCAGGAAAAGCAGCAGCAUCUCCAACUUGAGCUAGAACAACAGCGGGCCCUGUCAGAUUUUACACCGGCUCCAUUCUGGCAACAGCAGCAGGCCGACCGAUGGGAAGAGCUGCAGGAAAAGCAGGGAACGAGACGACAAGUCUCCGAGGAGUACCCACCGCGACAACACCAGAGCGAUGGCAACAGCAUGCCCCACGAGCCGCUAAGCUGGCCUCUGGGUCACCACAGCCAGGAGGUGUAUCAACAACAGCAUCACCGAGAUCUCCUGCAGCAUCCUCCCGCAUCCACAGUAAGAUAUCCUCAUCCAGAGCACCAGCAACAGUUUUCACCAUAUUCUCUGCCCUCUCAGCUGAACUGCUCUCACUGCAAAUAUCCAGCGGCAAUACGUUGUGAGCAGUGCAGUUCCUACUUCUGUUGGCAAUGUAAGGGUGACCUCCAUGACCCCUACAUGUGCGAGAACCACAACACGGUCGACCUAUCACUGGCAGUAAGUCCCUCCAGUCCGUGCAUUGUGGGUCCUGAGCAAGAUGUAAAAAACUAUGACUUUCCUUCAGCUACACGUAUUCCACUGGUUUCGAUUGCACCUGCAGUGCCAAAUAAUGUCGGGACAACAUCACUGGGAGUAGAAAGGAAACUGGAUUAUACCCUUCCAUUUAUAUGUGACAUCGUACACAUGGGACCUGGAAAGAGAAUUACUGUGUUUGGCAAGCCCUAUAAGGAGAAAUGUUCACGAUUUCACAUCAACUUGAUGUGCAACAAAAAUCCGAGUUCUGGAGACAUAGCCCUUCACUUCAACCCCCGCUUCAGUUGGCCCAAACUUGUGGUUCGCAACAGCAGAGUCCACGGCAAGUAUGGACCGGAAGAGCGGGGUGGACCGUCGUUCCCCUUCAAAGCUGGGCAGUUCUUCAAGAUUGAAAUCACCUGCCUCAUUGACAAAUUCAAGGUUGAGGUGGAUGACAAGCUUUUUAUCACGUACGCCCAUCGGAUCAAGGAUUUACGAUCAAUUACAGUCUUUAAUGUGAAUGGUGAUGUAGAAAUCACCUCCGUGGAUGGUUGCAUGUGAAGAAGAGGUAUGUUUGCAUACUAGAAUGAUUGUUCUUGUUAAUUUGAAAGCAAUCCUUUCAAUGACAUGCAUGUUUGUUGUGUUGUUUUGUUCCUACACUUAAAGUGAUUUUAGUUUUGUUUGCUCUUUUGUACUUCAGGCAUUUUGCUUUCUCUUACAUUAAUUGCUACUUUUGUACAGUUCUGCACUUGAAAAAAUGAAUGUUGUUUAAAACAGGUUGUUUGUUCCCCUUUGUUUUUUUAACUCUAAUGCAUUAUUACUUAAGUCCCAAGUCAACUCGGUCCUGGAUCAACUUGCUCUCAAGUCAACUCGGUCCCAGGUCAUCUCGUUCUCUAUAAAAAAAAAGUACAUUAUUAUGGAGUAGUUCAAUUAAUGUUGCUGAGUGCUUGGUGCCGGGUACACGUAUGCAUAAAUAAUGCCAUGUUAAUAACAAUUAUUUAUCAAAUAAAAUUAAAAUAAUUAAUUCUGAAAAAAGUUUAGAAACGC